GAAUGGAUAUUCACACGGUGGCUAUUAUUAUAUAGACCUGCACAGCGGCUUAUUUUUAGCAACGUGAAUCAAUAACUUCGCCUACCCUGUAAUAGUGUUAAAAAACUUUUCCACGUUGACUUGUGUAUGCCUAUCGUCCGUUCUCAAUAAUGCUCCUGAAAUAGCUGAAUGGAACUGUGUCAAAACAAAAGACUUUGUUGCUUUGUAAAGUAGCUGAAAGCAAAGUGGGAUAACAAAAUAGGAUUCAAAUAUUAAAACAUUUUUCCAGUGUAACUUCUUUGGUGCGGACUUUUUCUAACCAAACCAGAGACGUAAAUCACCAAUACCAACAAAAAUGGAAGUUCUUACAAUUCUUGUGGGCGUAGUAGCCUUUGUUUUAUCGGCCAUAAUAAUUUACUGCAUUUCUGUUUUCUCAAUGAGAGAAAAAACUUUUGAGGAAGUGAUGGAGGAGCAACGGCGGCGCCAGGAAGAGGAAAGAGAAAAGGCUAAAGCUGAGAAAAAGGCAGAGAAAGAACAGAAGCGAAAGUAUAAGAAAGGAAAACCAGAAAAGGUGAAAGAAAAAUCAGCUCAAGUAACAGAGCCUGAGUUAAAAGAUCAAAAGAUGGUAAAUAUAGAGAUAGAUCCUGAGAUAAUAGAGCCUACGGAAAGCUUAGGACUAAGUACUGCUUUACGACAGAGGGGAAAGAAGGAAAAAGUUGCCAAGCCGAUUCUCCAUAAUAAAGGGGAGGUUAGUCUUAUUAGUGAGAAAACAGUUGAAGUUCAACAUAAACCAAUUGUACCCAAAGAUGAGUUAGAGUUGAAGAAAAAGCACGACUCUAAGGUAGUUGAAAAUAUCGAAAAGGUUAAAAUUGUUCCCACCGAAGCCAUAGUUACUGCAUCUCGUCAAGAGAUUAAGGAGAACUUGCCUCCAAAGAAAGUUGAAAAAGAAGAACUCAAGCUGCUUAAGCAGAGCACAGAUGAUGUUGAAAAACGUGCAGCCAAGCCAAAGCCUGCCACAGAUGAUUUUGUGCUGAAUGGGUCUAAGCUGAUCUCUUCAGUUAAAACUGCCAAGCUGUCUGAUAGUGAGGUUCAGACCUUAAUAGACAUACUUCUCAACCGCCAAGGUGUGACUCCUAUAAAACCUGCAGUAUCUGAAACCUGGAAUAAGAAGAGUCAAAAAGGUGACCCAGUUUCUCAACUGAAAAAACAGCUUGAAGAAAAAGAAAAGGCUUUACUAGAUGAACAAGGUGUUUCACAAUCAUCCAAUGCUAAAAUUAAAGAGUUGCAAAAAGAGUUAUUAUCAGAAAAAACAAAAUAUGCAGCUUUGGAUAAAACACUCCAGGAAAAAAACAACCAGCAUAAAUCAGAAAUAGAAGCUUUUCAGCUUAGGAUGCAGCAUUCACAUGAGCAAAGCCUGUCAAAAAUUAACACGCUGGAAGCUAAGGUUCGUCAGCUUAGUGAACAAGGCAAUGCAGGUGGUGACAAAAAUACAGCAGUAAAACCAUCUGAGGAUAACAAACUUGUGCAGGAAAACAAGAUUCUUCAGGAAACACUCUCACAGAAAGUCAAGGAGGCCUCCAGUCUAACAGACAAAAUCAACCAACUGGAAAAAGAGCUCUCCAACACCACAAAGUCUGUCCAGCUCAGUGAGUCCAACAAAAAAAGUUAUGAACUGAAAAUCAGUCAAUAUGAAGAACAAAUUAAAAAACUUGAAGCUUUUCAGAAAGAUACAGAUUCUGUUAUCAAUAAAAAGGUGGAUGAAAUUGCAUCAGAAUUGAAAAAGUCAGAAGCUAAAAAUUCCAGUUUAAGUUCAGAUUUACAGAAAGCCAAUUCUGCAUUGAGUGUAGCUGAAGUUGAAUGCAGUAGCUUAAAAACCAAGCUUGAAGAGCUUGAAUUGCAUCUAAGAAAAGCUGAAGCCAGUAAAGAAGUGGAAUCUAAACUACAGGAAUCUGAACAAAAGAGGUCUGACCUAGAAGGAAAUAUUAAGAAUCUUGACAAACAAUUAGCUGACUUGUCCAGACGUCUAAACGAAAGUAAUGCUGAAGUCAAUCAACUGCAAUCGGAAAAUAAAAGAUUGUCUGAUGAAAUUAGAUUGGUGAAUGAGCGCCUCCAGUCUGCCCCUGCUUCUAAUGGUGACAUCCAUGACAAUGGACCCAGUAUCCCAUCUACUGAACAUGAGCGCAUCCUGGCUGACAAGAAUAAAGAGAUCUCUGAGUUGACAGCUGGGCUUGAAACUCAGAAGAAAGCUGUAACAAGUCUGAACACUCAGCUUGAUAACAAAACAGCAGAAGUGACAGACUUGCAGCAACAACUCUCACAGCAGAAAUCUAAAAACAAUGAGUUGAGAGAAAAGAAUUGGAAAGCAAUGGAAGCAUUAGAAUUAGCAGAAAAAAACUCAGCAGAAAAAGUUGAUAAAGCUUUGAAAUCUGCUAGGGAGCUGAGCUCAGCAGGGAUCACUGAAUUAGAAACAUCUGACAAAGCUGUAUUUCUAAGAUUAUUCCCUGAAGUUCAAAUUUCUGAUAAACUGAGCCACAAAGAAUGGGUUGUCGCUUUUGAAAAGCAAGCAUUUAAAAAACUUCAGAAUACAACUGAUGCCAGUAAAGUGUCAGUUUUGGAGAAGGAAAAUGUACAACUAAAGAAUGAAAUAACAGGGUUGAAAAAUACAUUAAGUGAAAUGACCUCUAAAGCUGAAUCAUUACAAAAAUUAGAAGCUGAAAUAGCUAAUUUGAAAUCCAGUCAGUCUUCCUCUUUACAAGCUGAUUCAGAAAAGUAUCUUCAAUUAGAAAAUGAAAACUUGCGGUUAAAGUCAGAAGUUGAAAAUUAUCGAAGUAUAGUUUCAGAAACUGAGAACAAACUUCAUCAGUUAGAAAAGACGAUAGACGCUGAGCAGAAAAAAUGGCAAGAAGAGCUGACCCAAGCCAAAUCAGCCGCCAAACAAGACACUAGAUCAUUAGAACAAGUCAAAGUACUUGACGCUGUCGUAUCUCAACAAGCUGGCCAAAUAGAGGAAUAUAGAAAAGUUUUAGCUGCUUCUGCCAGUAGAUUAGUCGAGUUGGAAGAGAAAGUCUCAAGUGAGGAGAAGUCAUGGCAAGAUAAAUAUUCAUCAUUACAGUCCCAACUCCAUCAGACAAAAGAUCAGCUAUCACGUUUGAAGCCACAGACAGAGGAACAGGGCAGUCAAGAGGAUCUUUCAGAUUUGUGCUUUGCUUAUCACUGUGUAGAGAAAAGUCUGACCAAUAUAGUAGAUGAGUUGCAAUUGAGGAUAGUCAGCUUGGAAUCAGAGUUGCAAGAAGCAAAAGAGAAAUUGGUUGUUAUCACAAAGGAAAAAGAAACAGUCAUUACACGUGUAAGUGAAAGUCAUACGUCAAGCUCAGAAGUUGAACUAUUGCAAAAGCAAAUCAAUGAACUGCAAAGUCAUUUGGAUUCUGAGCGUAAAAAAACGAAAGAACUUUCAUUGAAUGUAGUCAAGCUAAAUGGCAUUAUCAAGACAGGUCAGGAUGCUCUGGCUCAAGAACAGGGCAUCGUAAAGAAAUUACAGGAGUCCCUAGAUUCUAAAUCUGUGAGUUCGGGUUUAUCAGAAGCUGAAGAAAUUGAGCAGCUCCGGACAAAACUCUCAGAAAAACAAAAACUUCUAGAGCGUGAAAUGGCUACCAACAAACAGCUUAGCGAAAGAUUGGCUCAGUUAGGCAUGCUGUGGCUAGUCCGAGUUCGACGUGAUCCUGACUAGCACCUCUGCUGAUUGGACAGCACUAGUUUCAUGGUCCAAUGCGUUUAAGGCUGCAAACACAGAGAGCGGUACCUCAGUAUGAACAGAUAACUCAUCCGAACCACCAUUAGAAGAGAAGCACAAGAGUUAUUCCAGAACCAAUUGAUUACAAACAAAUAUUUACUGCUCAUAUUCAUAAAAUUGUUGUGCUGUCUUGCUAUUUAUUCUUUGUCUAUAUAUUGAUUUAAAAUAUAAAUCACAAGAAUAAUUCAUUAAAAAAUAAAUUAAAAAAAAAAAAACAGGACAUAGCCAUGUUUUACAAGUUUGUUUUGCAAUGUCUGAAGAACCUGUCUAGUGAACUACAGUUUGAUAGUACCAAUUAGUGAUCCAUAGUUCUCAUUAUAUCUUUUGAUGGUUAGUAGUAGCUUUUUCUGUUUUUAAAAAAAAAAUAGGUUUAAUCAAUUUUUUUUUUUAAAUGUGUGAACAUUUAGUCAAUAAAUCACUGUAAUGAAUUAAAUCAUAUUUUAUAAAUAUAUUUUUAUUACCAACCCUUAUACACACACACACACAAAUUGUGAUGGUGAUGGGUUUGUCUAUGUUUAGUUCAUGCCAGUUUUAUUGCCUCUUAGUUAUAUAUUUAUAUAUAUAUGUUAUAUAUACAUAUAUCUCAAGUUAUAAUAUCAGGGUAGGCGCUCUAAGUUCGGAUACCUUUUCUGCAGUGUACUUUUCUGUUGGCUUCAGUUUGUGAACUGCUUGACACUAGUACCUGCACUAUAUAUGUAUGUAUAUCUCCAGUUCUUGUUUAUUUCCAUUGUAUGCUGAUGCCUUUGAUGUGACUCUUCCUGUUCUUUCAGAAAGUUUAUUGUAUGGUGACAGACAAAUCAUGUUUGUUGUUUAGAUCACAUUUUUGUGAACAGUGUUGUGCAUGGGAAUAUGUUUGAUUAGCUUAUUAUUUUUUUUACUUUUAUUAUUUUUCCAUUCAAUUUCUUGGCUUCAGAAUGGAUAAUGUAAUAGGCCUACCAACAAUGAAAAACUCCAGAUUAUUGAAAAUCGUUAAAAUGCUGCAGUAAUAGGUGCUGUAAUCUGCUUUGCGCUUGCAGCUUAGAAUGUUCGAAAUUAAUAGAUCACUUAAAAACAAUCUAAUGGUAUAAAAUUUCAUUUUUUUUUAAGAUUAUUCUUUAUUUUUAACUUUAUUUCUAGAAAUGUCUGGUGCCUUACUUGCCCACCCUCUCUGUUCCUUUCUUAUACAAUUUUUGUUUUCGUUUUGAGCUAUUUUGGUUAGUCUCCUGUUAUUGAUCAUUUUUAAAACUUUGUUCCUAGACCAAUAACAGUUAAAGAGCAGAGAGUAGCCUAAGUGUUUGUAAGGCCAUUUUUUUUUUAACCUUUUUUUUUUUUAAAGUAAAACUCCCUCACUGGUAAAUGUGUGGAGAUUGUUAUGAUUCUGUUUCUAUAAGAACAUGCUUUCAAUAUACAUAGAUUUUGUUACUGCUGAAUGCUCCAAUUGUUGUUUUGUUUCUCCCUAUCAUGACAGUCAAUUAUGAUCUUACAAACAAUAAUAAUUCAACAGUUAAUGAAAAAAAAAGUUACACUUUGACAUUUUUUCAGAUAUUUUAAUAAUGGAAAUAAGAUUUGAUGAUCAUUUUCCUAUCUUAUACUUAAGCUGUGAGCCUGCUAAUAACUUGUUUGCAUGUUUUAAAUUUUUUUUUAUCUGUUAAUUUGUAAAAAAAAAAAAAAUUCAAUGUAAUUUAGUGUUUUCAUUUUGUCUUGUUAAUUUUGAUCAACAGAACAAAUGCAGGUUUUCAAUCUCUCGUACUAUAGAAAGAGGUGUUCAAAUUGCACUCCACUAAUUCACCUCUUUAUAUUGCAUGCAACUCUAUAAACCUUUGUAAUCAUCUUUGAGACGAUAAAUUUGAAAACCACUGCAAUUCUAAAGAGUAUACAAUAUUAAUUGUACGCUCUAGUUCUCCCCAGCAUUUUCUCCAGACACUAAGGUACUUAAACUGCCCCUAACCUAUGUGAUCCAUUUGCAGAAAUGACUUUUUGUUACUAGUCACUUUGAUGGUAUUCUGUGAUUAUUUUUUUUUUCUCUCUGUAUUUAUUAAUCUUCCCUGCAUGUGUUAACCCCCCCCCCCUCUUUCCUUUUAAUUAUCACAGAUGUUUCUUGAAAUGACAAAAUGUAUCAUGGUCAAUAGAUUUAUUGUCUUUUUAUUAAUGGAUAUCUUCAAAAAACUACUUAGCCAUAGAACAUUUGUGAAGAUAGGCAGUGAGAAACUGAAAAGUGAUCUUGGCAUUUGUUUUAUUAGUCAUUCAUUAUCUACCUGCUCUGUCAGAACUUUCUUGUUACUGGGGCCAAAUAAAGUUCUACAUCCUGUC